ACUGAAACGACCGCUAAAAAGAGACAUGGCGUUCGCUGCGGCGCUUCACUCGGCGUACGAAGCGCGAGCCGCGCAUUUGGACUCGGACGACGUCGCCGGUAUUCGCUCGCUGUUUACCUUUUACGACACCAACAUGGACGGCAACGUCUCGUCCGUGCAAGCCCUGCGCAUGUUCCAGCUCCUCGGGCUCACGGUCAACGAAGACCACGUGAACGAGCUCGAGUUGCUUUCGUUUGCGGAGUUUCUCGCGAUUGUCGACUGCCAGUACAAGGCCGCGCGCAGCCUCGACGAGGGCAGCCACGAGUGGCACCUCUUGGACCAUUUCCGGCGCGAUCACGUCACGCCGCACCAGCUCUCUUACUUUUUAAAGAGCUGCGACAUGACCAUCUCGGACCCGCACCUCGAGCGCUUCCAGGACCUCUACGCCAAUGCGGACGAAGCGAGCGCGGUCUACCGCUGCUUGGAGAAGGACGGGUGUCUCAAACUCCUCAAGGAUUUCCACGCAGUCGAGACGGACCAUGACGCGUUCUUGCAUGAAUGUGCAACAUAAAAAGUCUGUAGUCAGUCUAC